CAAGCAUCUAAGGAGUUCCAGAAUGGGAGAUGAAGCCCACAACAGCUCUGGGUUGCCUCCCUUUAUCUUGACAGGACUGCCAGGGAUGGAGACCUCCCAGCACUGGUUGUUCCUGCUCCUUGGUGUCCUCUACUCUGUCUCCAUAGUGGGCAAUGCCCUGAUCCUGUUCAUCAUCAAGGAGGAAGAGAGUCUACACCAGCCCAUGUACUACUUCCUGUCUCUGCUGUCACUCAAUGAUCUGGGCGUGUCUUUCUCCACACUGCCCACAGUCCUGGGUGUUUUUUGCUUCCACUUAAGAGAGAUCAGUUUUAACUCUUGCAUGUCCCAGAUGUUCUUUAUCCAUCUUUUCUCUUUCAUGGAGUCUGGGAUUCUGCUGGCCAUGAGCUUUGAUCGCUAUGUAGCCAUCUGUAAUCCACUGCGCUAUUCCACAGUGCUCACUGAUGCCCGGGUGGUGUGGAUGGGGGUAUGUGUUUUCCUUCGAAGUUUCUGCAUGGUUUUCCCAUUACCUUUCCUUCUGAAGAGGUUGCCCUUCUGCAAGGCUAAUGUGCUCUCUCAUGCCUACUGUCUGCAUCCAGACAUGAUUCGCCUGCCCUGUGGUGAUAUUGCCAUUAAUAAUAUAUUUGGCUUGUUCAUAGUCAUUUCUACUUUUGGGCUGGAUUCUGUGCUUAUUCUCCUCUCUUAUGUUCUCAUACUUCGCUCUGUGCUGGCUAUUGCCUCCCAGGAAGAAAGGCUGAAGACCCUGAAUACCUGUGUGUCACACCUAUGUGCUGUGCUCAUUUUCUAUGUGCCCAUGGUAGGUGUGUCCAUGGCUGCUCGCUAUGGGAGGCAUGCCCCACGGUACGUGCAUACGCUCCUAUCACUUGUUUAUCUGUUUGUCCCUCCAAUGCUCAACCCUGUUAUUUAUUCCAUCAAAACCAAGGAGAUUCGUCGGAGGCUUCACAAAAUCCUGUUGGGGAUCAAGAUUUGA